UCCCAGAUCUCGCUCUUUCACUUUUAACGCUUCUUUGGCUUCAGACAUCCACUCGCGAGCUUCUUGUCUGUUUAACAAUGAUGUCUUCACCAAAAUGGACUUAUCUUUUUUUCCUGCAGUGUUAAAGAACACGUCCUUUCUGAUGGAGUCCCAUGCACCGUGGCUACUGAAGGAAAACUGUCGCUUGUGCACUCGGGAGGAAGUACGAGCUGUAGUCAGAUACUAGCGCUCUUCUAGACUUUUCCGUUAACUUGAGACCCUCGUACAGAGCUUAAGGAUAUUCGGGCAUGGAAAUGCUUCCCACAAAGCUGUCAUGUCUUGGCUGUAGUAAACCUUUUCAAAAAAGAAUGAAGUAACCCGCAAUGGAGCCGGAAAAUGCCCCGCACUCCAAACUCAGACAGGCUGGAGUCGGGGGUUCCAGGAACAAUUAUGGAAUUGCAGUCAAAGUGACUGGAAUAAGACUUUUGCUUGGGGCUGACAGAUGAUUCUGCUUUGGGUUAGAAUGAGAAUCUUAUUUCUCUGCACGGUCCUCUACUGUACUUGCUAUCUAGGGUUGGCCCAAGUACAGCCUGAAGAUGUGGAUAUCCUCCAAAAGCUGGGCCUGGUGGGAAAAAGACCUUCAUCAGGAACACGAUCCUCUCUGUCUGGCGUAAUUUUCUUCAAGUCCGGAGUUAUCCUCACGCAGCGGGUGCGGAUCGAAGUACCGGUGAACUCUGUGGUGCCAGUCCCGCUGAGCACGGAGUUUUCUCUGAUCUUCAGCAUCUGCUCACACCGUAUCAAUAAUGCUUUCCUCUUCACCAUUCUGUCAAAGAGGAAGAGACUUCAGCUAGGGGUGCAAUUCAUCCCUGGCAAAAUUGUAGUCUACAUUGGCCAAAAGAAUUCUGUAUAUUUUGAUUAUGACAUUCAUAAUGGCCAGUGGCACAACCUGGCUUUGGGCAUCCAAACCCAAAGGGUCACUUUAUAUACUUCUUGUGGGAAGACAAGUGUACAUGCAAAUUUGCAUUUUAAAAAUGAGGAAACUCUGGAUCCAGAAGGCUCCUUUCUUUUAGGUAAAAUGAGCCAGAACUCGGUACAGUUUGAAGGAGCAAUCUGCCAGUUUGACAUACAUCCUUCUGCCAAGGCAGCUCACAACUAUUGUAAGUACAUUAAAAAACAAUGCAGGGAAGCUGACACCUAUCGAACAAACUUACCACCACUUUUACCGCUGCUACACCUGGAUCCCAAUAUCUCCAUAACUCUGCGGACCCCGAUGACCGUAACUGAACUAAGCAAUAAAGGUUUUACUCCCAGCAUGUCACAGGAUAAAACAAGGAUUAAUGCUGAAAUCUCAGGAGGAACUAACAUCACUCAAAUAACAUCCCAAUAUGGGUCCUCGUCUCUGUCUGUGCAUGGAACCGUGCCUCCGAGGUUGUCCAGACCAACUCUGCAGAUUCCCACACAAGCCAAAACACCAACUGUUACCCCCCUCCUGAAGACCAGGGCACCUCCAACAUUUCCCAAGCCCACCCAGCAGAGCAGUCGUAAAAAGGUGAAAACUAUAAAACCAAAAGAUAACUACAUGCCUGGGACAGCAAAACCAAUUAGAAAUAAGUUUGAAAGUGUUCCACCAACAGCAGCAACCAAAACUUCCAGCAUUUUGCCCGGCUUAAAAAGGCAGCUGACUACUAUAGCGGUGAAGAGAUCCGUUCCAGAGGUGACCACUUUACUCAACUCCAAGCCCAACCCUUUUGUACCUGUCACCCCGGCAGCCACAGAUGGUCUUCAAACCUUUGACCUGGAACCAACACAGUUUUCCCUCUUGGCAGGACCUCCGGGACUAAAAGGAGAGCCAGGACCACCGGGACCUCUAGGGGACUCUGGGAAGCCAGGAUUACCAGGGAAAAGAGGGCCUCGGGGUCCUCCGGGUCCACAUGGAAACCCAGGACGCCCGGGGCUGAAAGGACUCAAGGGAAGAAAGGGGGACCCUGGACUCUCCCCUGGCAGAGCGCCAAAUGGGGCAAAAGGGGACCCUGGGAUAAUUGGACCACCCGGACUACCUGGACAAAUAGGUCGAAAUGGACAGAAAGGUCAUCCUGGUCCACCUGGCCAUCCUGGAGAGCCUGGGGAUCAAGGGCCAGAUGGAAACCCGGGUGCCAAAGGUUAUCCUGGCAGGCAGGGGUUGCCUGGGCCAAUAGGAAAUUCAGGACCCAAAGGAGUUCGGGGCUUCAUUGGAAUCCCAGGGCUCUUUGGUCUUCCAGGACCUGAUGGAGAAAGAGGUAUUCCUGGUGUUCAUGGGAAGAAGGGCAAGAUGGGUAGGCCGGGAUUUACUGGGGAUUUUGGCGAGCGAGGACCACCAGGGCCUGACGGAAAUCCAGGAGAACUGGGUCCAACUGGUCCUAGCGGAGUACUUGGCCUUAUUGGGGACAUGGGACCUCUUGGAAUCAUGGGUCUUCCAGGCCCUAUUGGACCCAAGGGGGUAUCAGGGAAUCCAGGAGAGCCAGGACUGAAAGGUGAUAAGGGAGAAAUUGGUUUGCCAGGAGAGCCUGGAGAGCCUGGAUUCCAAGGUGACAAGGGAAUUCAGGGUUUGCCAGGAGUGCCAGGCAUCCGAGGGAAGCCAGGGCCACAGGGAAAACCUGGAGAUAAUGGACCGGAUGGUUUGCCUGGCCCUCCAGGCCCAGAGGGAUUUCCAGGUGAUAUGGGACCACCAGGGCAGAAUGGCCCAGAAGGCCCAAAGGGGAAGUCAGGAUUGAGGGGCAUACCUGGUCCAAGAGGAGCAGCUGGACUUGAGGGUGAUGAAGGACCACUUGGACCAGCCGGGCCUCCAGGACUGGAGGGUAGGCCUGGGAGAAAGGGAUUCUCAGGAAAACCAGGAGCAGAUGGACCCCAGGGCGAGCCAGGGAUAACUGGAAAUGUUGGGAUGCUUGGUGACAGGGGAAUUGAGGGUUUUAAAGGGCCGCCUGGUGAGACUGGCCUUCCUGGAGAGAAGGGAGAUCGGGGAGAGACUGGUCAGCCAGGGCCACCUGGAGAAAAUGGAGCGAUGGGACACACAGGAACACCAGGUGAAAGAGGACCACCUGGACCUCCAGGAACGCCUGGCUCACCUGGUUCUAGAGGUCUCAGUGGCACCAGAGGACCCAAAGGCAGAAGGGGGCCAAGGGGGCCUGAAGGACCACCUGGGGAGAACGGGUCAGUUGGCCGCAAGGGUCUGGAUGGACCACCAGGGAAAUUGGGUUUAACGGGCCAGAAGGGAAAAAUUGGUGAACCAGGGGAAGCUGGACCACCAGGAUUCCCAGGGAUCCAAGGACCCUCUGGAACAGCAGGAGCAAAAGGAAUCCCAGGACCGCCUGGACCUACAGGACCACCAGGAACAAUAGGCCCUUUGGGAGAGAUUGGCUUGGUGGGCCCACCAGGAAAAGUGGGAGAUGUGGGCUUGCCUGGAGAACCGGGAGAGAAGGGAGCUUAUGGGCCUUCUGGGAACCUCGGUGAACCAGGGUUGAUUGGAAUAAGAGGCGAGCAUGGGCUCUUCGGAGAAGCCGGGCAGAGUGGCCCUGAUGGAGCUAAGGGCGAAAAGGGGGACAUGGGGCUAGAGGGCGAGCAAGGAGAAAAAGGAGAGUUGGGACUGAAAGGAAAGGAGGGUCCACCUGGAAAUCCUGGCCUAGUUGGCAUCAGGGGUCCUGAAGGUAAACCUGGCAAAAAUGGUGAAAAGGGAAAACCAGGAGAGAAGGGUAGCAACGGUCAGGAGGGUCACCUGGGUGAGUCUGGAUCAGUUGGUGAGCGGGGUCCCAUGGGAUUCCCUGGGCCAAAGGGAAACCGAGGAACCGUCGGAUUUGCGGGUGCACCAGGAAGAAUGGGCUUACAAGGAAGUCCAGGCCUGCAGGGAUAUGAAGGUCACCAGGGACCUCAGGGUUCAAUCGGUCUUCCAGGACCAAAAGGUGCAAAGGGUGAACCAGGAGAUGAUGGGAAGAUUGAAGGCCCUGCUGGUCCUCCAGGUGACAUCGGUCCUGUUGGUCCAAGAGGAGCCAGAGGAGAACCUGGUGACACUGGCUACCCUGGUCAGCAAGGUGUGGAUGGAGAAAGGGGUAAAGCUGGAGCUCCUGGAUUACCUGGAAACGCUGGUCCAAGAGGCAUUCUGGGACCCAAAGGAUCCAAAGGCGACAGAGGACCAAAAGGCAAGAAGGGUGCUCGAAGUGCAACAGGCAACAGAGGGUCUCCUGGUCCUGUUGGUCCCCGUGGUCCCAGAGGGGUUGUCGGGCGAGAGGGGCCUGAGGGAAGUCCUGGCAUGGAUGGAGCGCCAGGAAAAGAUGGACCUAAAGGAAUGCCAGGAGAGCAGGGAAGUGAUGGAGAAGUGGGUUUAUCUGGAAAGCCUGGGCCGCAUGGUCAAACAGGGCAACCUGGUUUACAAGGGCCUCAAGGUUCCUUUGGACCAAAGGGUGAAAGAGGCCUACCUGGUGAGAUCGGACCUAUUGGCAAGCGUGGAAUGCCUGGAACCAUGGGGGUGCAAGGGAAACAAGGCAACCGUGGAAUUAAUGGCCAAUCUGGUGAUCCCGGUGAGCGGGGAUUGACUGGUGCUCUUGGAAACUUUGGACCUAAGGGUCCACCUGGUGAUAUUGGUCCUGCUGGUGUCCGGGGACCACGAGGACCCCAGGGUUUGAUGGGAUCAAGAGGUGCCAUUGGACCAAUCGGGAUCAUUGGACCCAGCGGUUAUCCAGGACCUCAGGGGGACAAAGGAAGUCGAGGGGAAAUGGGUGUACCAGGACCAAGGGGCCCUCCAGGUCCUCAUGGCCCUCCAGGACCCCCCGGUCCAUCGGUUUCUUCUCUGUCUCUUAAGAACGAGGCACUUGGUGCUGCAUUUCAAGUCAUAUUUGAUUCCUACUCUGCACUGAGAUCUGAGACAUACUCAGACAUAGACCUCCCCAUGCUGGACCAGGGAACCGAGAUCUUUAAGACCCUUCACUACCUCAGUAACCUGAUCUACAGCAUCAAGAACCCACUGGGAACGCAGGAGAACCCUGCCAGGAUGUGCCGGGACCUGCUGGACUGUGAGCACCAAGUGAACGAUGGCACUUAUUGGAUUGACCCAAACCUGGGCUGCUCCUCUGACACAAUUGAAGUCACGUGUAAUUUUACUGGCGGAGGUCAGACCUGCCUGAGGCCGCUCACUACAUCCAAGUUGGUGAUGGGUGUAGGAGUGAUCCAGAUGAACUUCAUUCACCUGCUGAGCUCAGAGGCAGUACAGCUUCUCACCAUCCACUGCCUGAACAUAUCCGUGUGGGCAAAAGAGGCAGCCAGACCUCCAUCCCACAAUGCUGUGCGCUUCAAGGCCUGGAACGGAGAGAUACUCUCAGCCAGAGGACUCCUUCAGCCUGAACUGCUAAAGGACGAGUGCUGGAUGACAGAUGGUCGGUGGCAUCAAACCCAGUUCCUUUUCCAGACACAGGAGCCUGACCUGUUGCCUAUAGUAGAUGUACUGAAUCUCCCGGACAAAAAAACAGGCUUCAAUUAUCACCUGGAGGUAGGACCUGUGUGCUUCAUAUAGAGCAUAGGAGGGAAGAUGAGAGAGGAGCAGAACUAUAGCUUUGUGCUCUGAGAUGUUUGGGCUCUCGCUGCUCAGACCUGCACUGCAGACUCAGUAUGCAGGAAAAUGAGAUAUCUCGAACAUAAACAAGCCUUCUCAAGCUGGAGGAUUAAUGGACAAAAAGCUCUUUUCUUUUAUGGACUACUUUUUCUCUUCAGCUGUUUUUAAAAGAAGACUUUAAUAAACUUUGAGCAGUCAGACUCAAGCUGCCAAAAGAGUUAAUUUAUUCACACAUUUGUGCUUUACGCACAAGAUUUCCUGUUACAGUUGAGUGCCGAAGAUCAACACGUAUUUGCAUUUACAGUACUUAUUUUGUAUCUUUUUUUUUUUUACACAUGAACAUAUGUAUUUAUAUGUGUAUGUAUAUUUUUUGUAAAGUGCAAUGAGAGAGAUUUUGUUGUAUAAAGGUGAAUCCUAUAUUUGGCUGUUUAAGUGAAUUAAGGUUUACUGUCACUCAUAUUGACUUUUCUUCAGGUUCGGUGCAUAAGUGUGUGUGUGUGUGUGUGUGUGUGUGUGUGUGUGUGUGUGUGUGUGUGUGUGUGUGUGUGUGUGUGUGUGUGUGUGUGUGUGUGUGUGUGUGUGUGUGUGUGUGGGUGGGUGUUUGGGUGUGUUUCUGUCUGUUUGUCUUGUUCCAAUGAUACUGUCUGGAUUUUGGUUUAUAUAUUUCCCUCUGAAAGUAUUGGAGUGCUAAGGAAAGUUCUGUUCUGUUUUUAUUCACAUUUGGGUUUGAGAUCAAAAAUGACAAUAGAUGGAUCACAAUUUCUGUUCAAUAUUUCCAUCUAGUCUUUGGUGGCAGACCACCCAUAGUUUAUGUAAACAAAAAUAUAGAAAUAUAACCUCAAAGUAUAUAUAUAUAUAUAUAUAUAUAUAUAUAUAUAUAUAUAUAUAUAUAUAUAUAUAUAUAUAUAUAUAAACAGUUAGUAUUUAAUUGCAUAUCCCUUGCUUGGCAAUAACUGUCUCAACCCACUGACAUCACAUAUUGAUGUCGUUGAUGAUCUAUCGUCUGAUCUUUUGAUCACAUAUUGAAGUCAUUGAUCUAUUGUCUCAUAUUUUGAUCACAUUGAUGUCACCGAUGAUCUGUCGUCUCAGCUUUUGAUCUUAAACCCAAAUGUCUUCAAGUAUAGCAAAAACAAAGAAUUGACCUUGCUGUUCCAAUACUUUCAGAUUUGGCUGUAUGUUAAGGUCAGGAUUCAUUGUACAUAAGUAUAUGCAUACACGCAUAUACAAACACACUAAACAUACACAACAUUUAACUCAUCAGGUUUAGUUCACAUUGACGGAGGUGGUUUCAAGCUUGAAAGUAUCAUUAAACGUCUACCUCCAAUCUCACAUUUUUGUAUGGUGCUCUAGGAAUAUCAACUUAAAAAAAAACUACAUGUCUACAUGGUUUGUGCUAGCAUCCAACAAGUGUCUAUAGAUGAAUGCCUUUUAUACUUUGAAAGGGAAUAUUUUUGUAUAAACAGAAAAAAGAAAAAAGUAUGUCCUUUUUAUACAGCCAUCUUGCCUAGAACAUUUUUGAUUUAUGCCUUGUGUACAAAUCCUUGAAUCUUUUUCUAAGAUCUUAACAAGAAAAGGGAGAAGUGUUUUAUGUUUUUAUACCUUAUUCCGUCCAAUCCAGUGAAUUAUUACCGUACUGUUAAAUAUGAUUUACAAAUGAAUCCCCACUGCUAUAAAAUAAUAAUCAGAUCAUAAUCAAAUAAUAACCAAAGCACAGUCUCCUUUUGGCAUGUGAUCCAUAAGCCCUGUCUGACUGCACAUGUGAUCAUUUGACAUUGAAAAAGUCCCCCUGACUCUAAAUAAAAUGUUUCUGUUCAUUACUAAGAUUCACGCUUUGCCAUGGGUUGAAAUUAAGCUUUUUACACUACAAGCAACUGUUCAAAACUGCAUCAAUGACCCUGAUUAGAAAUGUAUUUUAUUCUGUUACAUUUUUUCUUUUCUUUUUCCCAUCAAUUUGGAGCCAUUUAUAUGAAAGGUAAAUGUGGUGCGGUGUGGAGCUUUAUGGUGAACCAUUUUUACGCAAUAUGCAGAGAUGUUCAAGGCAUUUUUAUUCUAUUGUGAGUACAUUUUAGGUUUCUGUGUAUGUGUGCUCCUUUUUAUGAUAACCCAUGUGUGCUGUGACUGUAUUUGCCCCCACAAUCACCAAAAUUAUAGCUGUCCAUGUCUGUGAAUGUUUUUAAUUUCUUCCAGUAUGUUUUAUGGAUGGAAUACCUCAUGUUGCAAACCAAGGAAUGUUUUAUUUUUUGUCUUGUGAACAGAAGGUUGAAGUCAUAUUCAAAAUCCAAAUCCUCCUCUUGUCUGUCUUUACCGUCCCACAUAUUCUUCAGCCAUUUCACCUUCUUAUUUACCUCUGAAUAAACAACUGGGUGUUCAGUAAAA